AUUCCUUGUUAUCCUACGAAAUUAGCAGCACGUGUGAAGGAAAGGAGAUACCGGGACGAAUUUUGAAAGCAGUGUUCAUUGUCAUUUGUAAUUUAAAAUGCCGAAAAAAAGGAAAGUUAAUUAUAAAGAAUGUUUUGAUGUUUUUAUGAAGUGUGAAGCAUUUUAUACUGGUGGGAAAGUGCAGUUUACAAAAGAUGGGCAACAUAUUCUAAGCAUUUGUCAAGGAAAACUGAAACAGUUUCAGAUUGAUGGCGGCAAAACUACUGAUGCGAUUGAAAAUUUUGAGGGAGAAGAAAUUUCAGCAUUCUUGCUUGCUGAAGAUGAUGAAACAUUUAUAACAGCUGCUCAGAAUGGGAUCAUGAGGCACUGGCUUUUAUCAGCGAAGCAUAUUCAAAAGACAUGGAAGUCUUUGCACACUGGUCCUGUCUCUUGUAUGGCCUUUGAUUCAACUACAACGUUGCUUGCAACUGGGGGUUCUGAUUCAACUGUUAAAAUAUGGGACAUAAUUAGAAAAUACUAUACUCACAAUUUAAAAGGUGGCAAGGGUGUCUAUAGCAAAAUUUGUUUCAAAAAAAUUGGUUCGGAAUUGCAUUUGCUUGGGGCUGCUGAUGAUUAUCAGAUACAUGUGUGGAAUUUGAAUUCAAGUGAUCUAGUAACAUCUUUGGAAGGUCAUUAUAGUACUGUAACUGAUCUUGUUUUUACUGGAAAACAGAAUAAUAUGCUCAGUUGUAGUAGAGAUAAAGUUGUUCUGCUAUGGGAUUUAUGCAAUUUUAAACUCUUGAAAACUAUUCCAGUGUAUGAGACGGUUGAAGCUUGCAUUCUUCUUCCACAAAAUGUGUCUUUGCCAGAUGUUACAUUUAAUGACGAAGAUAUUUAUUUUAUUACUGCUGGUGACAAAGGAAUUUUGAGAAUCUGGAGUACAUUAUCUGGAAAAUGUAUAUUCUCUCAAGCAGAUUCUCCAGUUAUCCUUCCUGAAAAUUCUGAAUAUGCAGGAUCAUUAAUAACACAAGCCACAUAUAUCCCAGCUUUGGAUGCAAUUGGGAUUACUACAUUUGAACAUAACAUUCUUAUAUUCAGCAUAGACAAAUUUACUUUAAAGAAACAGUUCAUAGGUUACAAUGAUGAUAUAUUGAGCAUUAAGUUCAUGGGUGCUGAAGAUGAUCGUCUUGCUGUAGCUACAAAUAGCGCUCAGAUAAAAAUUUUUCAAUUUCCAUCUUUGAGUUGUCAAUUGCUCAAGGGUCAUUUGGAUAUAGUAUUAGCAUUAGACGUGUUUCGCCAGCAUAAGCAUAUUCUUGUUAGUGGCUCAAAGGAUAACAGUGUAAAAGUUUGGUUUAUUGAAAACGAAUCGUCAUGUUUUAGUAGUCUGUAUACAGGUUAUGGACAUACUAAUUCUGUUACAGCUGUUGCAUGUUGCAGAGGAAAGUCAAGAUUCUUUGCCUCUGGAUCUCAAGAUACAACCCUCAAGCUCUGGGAGGUUCCUGAAAGCCAGCCUGUUGUAACUGCAAAAUUAUUACUGACACCAUUUUGUACAGCCAAAGCUCAUGAUAAGCAUAUUAAUUCUAUAGAUAUUUCUGAAAAUGACAAACUAGUUGCAACAGGAUCUCAGGAUCACACAGCAAAGAUAUGGAAUGCGACUGAUUUGUCUCUUCUUGGUACAUUGAGAGGACAUAAAAAGGGUGUUUGGUGUGUCAAUUUUUCACCUGUUGAUUUGGCAAUAGUUACUUCCUCAGGUGAUGAAACUAUACGAAUAUGGUCUGUUGUUGAUUUUACUUGCUUGAAAACAUUUCAGGGUCAUGAAGCAUCUGUUCUUCAGGCUUUAUUUUUGACUCGAGGAACACAAUUAAUAUCUAGUAGCUCUGAUGGCAAUAUAAAGUUGUGGGACAUCACUGAUAACAUGUGUAUCAAGUCACUUGCUGAACAUAGUACAAGAGUUUGGACCUUGGCUACAUCAUCAUCUGAACAAUAUCUUGUGUCUGGAGGGGCUGAUUCUAAUAUAGUUAUAUGGCAGGAUGUUACUGGUGCUGUAAAAGAGAAAAGCAUAGCAGAAAAAGAACAGUUUAUUUUGCAAGAACAACAGCUUUCUAAUUUAAUUCUUGAAGAAAAAUGGGUCAAAGCUCUAGGUUUGGCAAUAAGUUUAAAUAAACCAUAUCAAACCUAUAAUAUAAUACAAGAAAUACUUCAUCAUGAUAAAGGAGAAGAAACAUUUGAAGGGGUCUUUUCAAGCAUGAGACAAGAUCAAAAAGAAUCACUUCUGAAGUUUGCUGUGGAAUGGAUUACUAAUUCGAAAACAUGCUAUGCAGCUAUAUUGAUCGUGAACUACUUUAAUCACUCAUCUGACUUUCAAGAACUUCUGAAAAUAACAAAUAUUGCAUCUUAUGUUAGAAAUACUCUACCAUAUUUAGACAGGCAUUAUAAAAGACUGAAUCGAAGAUGUCAAGAUAUGCAGAUCUUAAACUUCUUAUGUCAGCAAUUUAAAUUAAGUGGGUAAGCAUGUUUCAUGUUUAAAAUGUUUGCUUGAAAUG